AGCACUGGCAGUCAGCGGGUGCCCUCAUGGUCAAACAGGAACUUCUGCUAUGAGUUAGCAAGACGUUGAUGUUCACAGGAUAUUACUCGGAACGUUGUUGAAGAUGUCCACUCCCGACCCUCCGAUGAGCGGGACGCCUCGCCCCGGGCCUUCCCCCGGCCCUGGCCCUUCUCCUGGUGCUAUGCUGGGCCCCAGUCCCGGGCCGUCCCCUGGUUCUGCGCACAGCAUGAUGGGCCCCAGCCCCGGGCCACCGUCAGCAGGGCACCCGAUACCGCCCCAGGGGCCUGGAGGUUAUUCUCAGGACAACAUGCAUCCGAUGCAUAAGCCAAUGGAUCCCAUGCAUGAGAAAGGCCUGUCGGAGGAUCCCCGCUACAGCCAGAUGAAGGGCAUGGGCAUGAGGGCAGGCGGGCACACGGGGAUGGGCCCUCCUCCCAGCCCCAUGGACCAGCAUUCUCAAGGUUACCCUUCCCCUCUUGGUGGCUCUGAGCAUGCGUCCAGUCCAGUCCCGGCUAACGGCCCUUCUUCUGGCCCCCAGAUGCCCUCUGGGCCUGGAGGAGUUCCAUUAGAUGGGUCUGACCCCCAAGCUCUAGGGCAGCAGAAUCGAGGCCCGACUCCUUUUAACCAGAACCAGUUGCAUCAGCUGAGGGCUCAGAUCAUGGCCUACAAAAUGCUCGCCAGAGGACAGCCUUUACCUGACCAUCUCCAGAUGGCCGUGCAGGGGAAAAGGCCGAUGCCCGGGAUGCAGCAGCAAAUGCCAACUCUACCUCCGCCUUCUGUGUCUGGGACAGGACCUGUGCAAGGACCAGGGCCUGCCCCGGGCCCAACACCUCCGAACUACAACAGACCUCAUGGUAUGGGAGGGCCUAACAUGCCCCCUCCUGGACCCUCAGGAGUUCCCCCAGGAAUGCCUGGGCAGCCCCCUGGCGGACCCCCAAAGCCCUGGCCUGAAGGACCAAUGGCAAAUGCUGCAGCCCCCACUAGCACACCUCAGAAACUGAUUCCUCCUCAGCCAACAGGCCGUCCUUCACCAGCACCUCCGGCGGUACCUCCAGCAGCAUCCCCCGUCAUGCCUCCCCAGACCCAGUCACCAGGGCAACCAGCCCAGCCUGCCCCAAUGGUCCAGCUCCACCAGAAGCAAAACCGCAUCACUCCCAUCCAGAAACCAAGAGGACUGGACCCCGUGGAAAUCCUCCAAGAGAGAGAAUACAGGCUGCAAGCUCGCAUCGCCCACAGAAUCCAAGAACUUGAAAACCUUCCUGGGUCCCUGGCUGGUGAUCUGCGAACCAAAGCGACUAUUGAACUGAAAGCGUUACGACUGCUGAACUUCCAGAGACAGCUGCGUCAAGAGGUGGUGGUCUGCAUGAGAAGAGACACCGCUCUGGAAACGGCCCUCAACGCCAAGGCCUACAAGCGCAGCAAGAGGCAGUCCCUGCGGGAAGCGCGCAUCACCGAGAAACUGGAGAAGCAGCAGAAGAUCGAGCAAGAACGGAAACGCCGGCAGAAGCACCAAGAGUACCUCAACAGCAUUCUGCAGCAUGCCAAGGAUUUCAAAGAAUACCACCGGUCUGUCACGGGCAAGAUCCAGAAACUCACCAAGGCCGUGGCCACGUAUCAUGCCAACACGGAGCGUGAGCAGAAGAAGGAGAAUGAAAGAAUUGAGAAGGAGCGGAUGCGCAGGUUGAUGGCUGAAGAUGAAGAAGGGUACCGGAAGCUGAUCGAUCAAAAGAAAGACAAACGCUUGGCCUACUUGCUUCAGCAGACAGAUGAGUAUGUCGCCAACCUCACGGAACUGGUGAGGCAGCACAAGGCUGCUCAGGUGGCCAAGGAGAAGAAGAAGAAGAAGAAAAAGAAGAAGGCUGAGGCUGCAGAAGGGCAGACCCCGGCGAUCGGACCAGAUGGCGAACCUUUGGAUGAAACCAGCCAGAUGAGUGACCUCCCUGUGAAGGUGAUCCACGUGGAGAGUGGCAACAUUCUCACCGGCACGGACGCGCCAAAGGCGGGGCAACUGGAUGCCUGGCUGGAGAUGAACCCCGGAUAUGAAGUAGCGCCAAGAUCUGACAGUGAGGAAAGCGGAUCGGAGGAGGAGGAGGAGGAAGAAGAGGAGGAGCAGCCGCAACCCGCUCAGUCGUCUUUGCCUGUGGAAGAGAAGAAAAAGAUUCCCGACCCAGACAGCGACGACGUGUCUGAAGUGGACGCGCGGCACAUUAUAGAGAAUGCUAAGCAAGAUGUUGACGAUGAGUAUGGAGUCUCUCAGGCCCUGGCCAGGGGGCUGCAGUCUUAUUACGCGGUGGCCCAUGCAGUCACCGAAAGGGUGGACAAGCAGUCCUCACUCAUGGUGAACGGUGUCCUCAAACAGUACCAGAUCAAAGGCUUGGAGUGGCUCGUCUCCUUGUACAAUAAUAACCUGAACGGAAUCCUGGCGGACGAAAUGGGUCUGGGCAAGACGAUCCAGACCAUCGCUUUAAUUACAUACCUCAUGGAGCACAAACGUAUUAACGGACCCUUCCUCAUUAUAGUACCUCUGUCAACUUUGUCAAAUUGGGCAUAUGAAUUUGAUAAAUGGGCUCCUUCGGUGGUGAAGGUCUCAUACAAGGGCUCCCCAGCUGCAAGGCGGGCAUUCGUACCUCAGCUCCGAAGUGGGAAAUUCAACGUCUUGCUCACUACGUAUGAAUACAUCAUCAAAGAUAAGCACAUUCUUGCCAAGAUCCGCUGGAAGUACAUGAUUGUGGACGAAGGUCACAGGAUGAAGAAUCACCACUGCAAGCUCACCCAGGUCCUGAACACGCACUACGUGGCUCCGCGGCGCUUGCUGCUGACGGGGACCCCGCUACAGAAUAAGCUACCAGAGCUCUGGGCUCUGCUCAACUUCCUCCUCCCCACCAUCUUCAAGAGCUGCAGCACAUUCGAGCAGUGGUUUAAUGCUCCGUUUGCCAUGACUGGAGAAAAGGUGGAUCUGAACGAAGAAGAGACGAUCCUGAUCAUCCGUCGUUUGCACAAAGUGUUGCGCCCCUUCUUGCUAAGAAGGUUGAAGAAGGAAGUGGAAGCCCAGCUGCCUGAAAAGGUGGAAUAUGUGAUUAAAUGUGAUAUGUCUGCGUUGCAAAGGGUACUUUAUAGGCACAUGCAGGCCAAGGGAGUUCUGCUUACAGAUGGGUCGGAGAAGGAUAAAAAGGGUAAAGGUGGUACGAAAACACUCAUGAACACCAUUAUGCAGUUGAGGAAGAUCUGCAACCAUCCGUACAUGUUUCAGCACAUAGAGGAAUCCUUUUCCGAGCACUUAGGCUUCACUGGAGGGAUCGUGCAAGGGCUCGACUUGUAUCGCGCUUCUGGCAAAUUUGAGCUCCUGGACCGGAUUUUGCCCAAGCUGCGAGCCACCAACCACAAGGUGCUGCUGUUCUGCCAGAUGACCUCCCUCAUGACCAUCAUGGAAGACUACUUUGCUUACCGUGGCUUCAAAUACCUCAGGCUAGAUGGGACCACUAAAGCCGAAGACCGGGGCAUGCUGCUGAAAACCUUCAACGAGCCGGGCUCCGAAUAUUUCAUUUUCUUGCUGAGCACCCGUGCCGGAGGGCUGGGCCUGAAUCUGCAGUCCGCAGAUACGGUGAUCAUUUUUGACAGUGACUGGAACCCUCAUCAGGACCUGCAAGCCCAGGACCGGGCGCAUCGCAUCGGGCAGCAGAACGAAGUGCGCGUGCUGCGCCUCUGCACCGUCAACAGCGUGGAGGAGAAGAUCCUGGCCGCGGCCAAGUACAAGCUGAACGUCGACCAGAAGGUCAUCCAGGCCGGCAUGUUCGACCAGAAGUCCUCCAGCCACGAGAGGAGAGCUUUCCUGCAGGCCAUCUUGGAGCAUGAGGAGCAGGAUGAGACCAGACACAGCACAGGCAGCGGCAGUGGCAGCACAAGCUUUUCCCAUACUGCCUCCACCCUGUGCCUCAACUCCGACUCGGAGGAACCACCUUUAAAGGAAGAGGACGAGGUUCCGGACGACGAGACGGUGAACCAGAUGAUCGCCCGGCACGAGGAGGAAUUUGAUCUUUUUAUGCGCAUGGAUCUGGAUCGCCGGCGAGAAGAAGCCCGCAACCCAAAGCGAAAGCCCCGCCUGAUGGAGGAAGACGAGUUGCCCUCCUGGAUCAUCAAAGACGACGCCGAGGUGGAGAGGCUCACCUGCGAGGAAGAGGAGGAGAAAAUGUUCGGGCGGGGCUCUCGGCACCGAAAGGAGGUGGACUAUAGCGACUCGCUGACUGAGAAGCAGUGGCUCAAGGCCAUCGAGGAGGGGACCCUGGAGGAGAUCGAGGAGGAGGUGCGCCAGAAGAAGUCCUCCCGCAAACGCAAGCGUGACGUGGACGUCGGCUCCUGCACCCCCACCACCAGCACCCGCAGCCGAGACAAGGAGGAUGACAGCAAGAAGCAGAAGAAGCGGGGCAGGCCUCCCGCCGAGAAGCUCUCGCCCAACCCCCCCAACCUCACCAAGAAGAUGAAGAAGAUUGUGGACGCAGUGAUUAAAUACAAGGACAGCAGCAGUGGACGGCAGCUUAGCGAAGUCUUCAUCCAGCUUCCUUCUCGUAAAGAGCUUCCAGAGUACUAUGAGCUCAUUCGCAAGCCGGUGGAUUUUAAGAAAAUAAAGGAGCGUAUCCGGAACCACAAGUACCGCAGCCUGAACGAUCUAGAGAAGGACGUGAUGCUCUUGUGCCAGAACGCACAAACAUUCAACCUCGAGGGCUCUUUGAUUUACGAGGACUCCAUUGUGUUGCAAUCGGUCUUCACCAGCGUGAGGCAGAAGAUCGAGAAAGAGGAAGACAGCGAAGGGGAGGAGAGCGAGGAGGAGGAGGAAGGAGAAGAGGAAGGGUCGGAAUCGGAGUCUCGUUCUGUGAAAGUGAAGAUUAAGCUGGGCAGGAAGGAGAAAGCGCAAGACCGGAUGAAGGGCCGAAGGCGCACCAGCCGUGGUUCCCGGGCCAAGCCGGUCGUUAGCGAUGACGACAGCGAAGAGGAGCAAGAGGAGGAUCGCUCAGGAAGCGGCACAGAAGACGAUUAAGCCACAUUCCCAGCGUGCAUGCCCCAGGCGUCUCGGUCUGUGCUCCUUUUAGCUGCAACGGGUAGCUAGAAACGUAGUGUCAGAUGUGGGUAAUGAAAAACAAAAAACUGUAUAAAACUCUUCCAUAUUUAUACGGCAGUGAAGAUGUAGGACGUUUGUGUCUUGCCUUGUCUUCACAUCGGUAGCAUUUAUAAGAGCAUUAACUGUUUAAAAAAAUAAUAAUUAUGAAUUGGGGAACACUUGAUAUAUAUAUAUUUUUUUUCUUUGUACGGCAGUCCUCUUUUCAGUUGCAGUAUUGAAUCACUGUAGUUUUAACCUGUGGUUGCAUGUGUGUAGCGGUCCACUCCUAGUACUGUAUUUGAUGGAACAGGCUGAACAGCCAUCUGCCCCACCGGGCGAGGACAGGAGGGCAGCGGCGACUGUGUCCGUGUCACUGGAUUUCAAACAGUAAUAAAUUAAGCAAAAAAAGGAACCUGAAACCCAA